UCGCUCACUCGGCGAGUGGCUGCCUUUGCUCUCACCUUCUCUUACCGUCUAAGUAAAGUGCACGAAAUAGCACAUGAUCUACGUCUGAUUUCGCGUUUCUUUAUAUACUGGAUGCUGUACCAGGACUAUUCGCAUUUUGUGUGCAGGAUUUACAAUCAGAUCUGCUUUAAUCAAAGUAGAAGCAAACAGCUGCGGGUUCUUUUUCUCUGAAGGAGUUUUCCUUUUCUCAUCACUGACACUUUUCAAGAUAUCACUGACUGAGCAUUUAGUUCCUUUAGUUCCUCAAGCAAAGAACGGGGAGUCUUCACAUAUUUGGGAGUCUGCGCGGGACAACUUUAAACCUAUAAUCCUGAAUUUGAAAUCGUGCCUGUAAGGAACAUCUGACAAAUAUUUUGUUUUGUAAUUUUCUUCGCAAUCUGAACGGUUGGCUGACAUUUUUUAACAAGACCGGCAUUGGUUUUUGUGAAUGAAAUGAAAUAAAUAUAAAGCGCGGAGUACUGUGAUGCAGUGGAUACUAUUAACAUGCUCUGAUAUUUCUCCCCAGCGUUAACAGGGCCAGGUCUGGACAUUUUGCUUUUGUUUUUGCAUGGAAGUCUAAGCAAAUGUACGCAUUUGUGGGAGCUUCAGCAAGUGCGCGAUUGUUGCUGUGAAAGCAUUAACUCAGCGUGAUCGAGCUGGAUUCGCUGCUGGAAGCUCGAUAUCGACUUCCUUUACAUUAUAAACUUCAUGAACCGAGGGGGACUUGAUAAACUACCAUUAGAUUGCAUUCAGCUUCCGUCGCUGACACUGUGACUCUUAGUAAAGGACCGUGACCAGAAAUCGCACUAUAUAGAUUGCACUGACAGCAAACGAGGUGGUGCGCAAGUGGAAUACACACAUUUCUAUUGGCGUUUUGAUCGACAGCUGUGCUACCCCAAACUCAUCUAAAUGGUUUCUGCCUCUUAAUCAAAGUUGGUUUUGAGCGCUGUACGAAAAGAAAAAGCAGUUUCAGAACAGGAUCGCAACGAAGAGCUGAAGUGAUGUUGCAUGUGGAGAUGUUUGUGUUCUUCUUUCUGAUGCUGUGGAUGUGUGUAUUUAGCCAGGAUCCCAGCUCUAAGGUGGUGGCUGAUCGUUAUGCGGUAUACUGGAACAGCACCAAUCCCAGGUUUCAGAGAGGAGAUUACCACAUUGAUGUGUGCAUAAAUGAUUACUUGGAUGUGUUUUGCCCUCACUAUGAAGAUUCUGUGCCAGAAGAUAAAACUGAGCGAUAUGUUCUUUACAUGGUGAACUACGAUGGCUACAGCACAUGUGACCACACCUCAAAAGGCUUCAAGAGAUGGGAGUGCAAUCGGCCCCAUUCUCCAAAUGGACCACUGAAGUUCUCUGAGAAGUUUCAGCUUUUUACUCCCUUCUCCUUAGGAUUUGAGUUUCGGCCAGGCAGAGAAUAUUAUUACAUCUCAUCCACUGUUGCAGAAAAUGGAAGAAGAACCUGUCUGAAACUAAAAGUUUUUGUACGACCAACAAACAGCUGUAUGAAAACUAUAGGUGUUCAUGAUCGUGUUUUCGAUGUUAACGACAAAGUAGAAAAUUCAUUAGAACCAGCAGAUGAUACUGUACACGAGUCUGCAGAGCCAUCCCGCAGUGACAACGACGCAGAACGGCCAACGAUAACAAGUCUACUUUUGCCAAUUGUACUUUUUUUCUUAGCCUCACUUUUGGCUUUAUAGCAUUUUGUGCCCAAGGAAUAAAAAAAAAAAAACAAAAAAACAUCAGGUCCAGGAUCAACAGAGAAUUUCCCCCGAAACUCCCAACCAGUGAAGGGGAUAUGGAAAUGAUCUUUUUAUCAAUCACUACAUAAAGAACUGAAAACCAAGAGGGAGAGCCAGUUCCUGAAAAAUCCAUGAACUAAGAUGCCAAAUCCUGUUUUGACACUUAGUGAUUCUUAUUUUCCUGUGCAUUGAAACUUGAAAGAUAAAUUGACCCUCCCCGUCCCUCCUCCCGUUACCCUCCCAAUGUUAGCUCACUCUGUCAGCAAAGCAGAGUGGAGAAGGAAUAACGGCAGGUGCAGUCAGCAAGCUGGAAGAAAAUUGAACGUGUGCCUGGGAGGAUUUCACUCCCCAAUGCAAUAUUUAGAGCUUCUCACUCAAUACUUUAAGAUGAUCACAAGGCAUUGUGUUGCCAUGUCAGACUGGAGGGGAAAUAUUAAGGAAAAGAUAUGGCUGUUUUCUCUGGGGAUAACACAAAAAAAAAAAAUGUGGAGUGUACACAACCGGGGAGUAUAGUUUGGUGUUUCUUAUCAGCAGUGGGGGUUUGUUAAGAGGGAUGUAACAUGUCGUGUGCAACUGUUUUAUUGACGGAGAGAAGAUUUCUAGCUCAGGAAAACAGCUGCCAGUUGAGAGCGGAUAAAAUACAAAAUGCAAGCACUAGAUAGGAAAAGCAAUUCAAUUUGGAAAGCCAAAUUAUUAGUGGAUAUUUAUAUUUAUAAACAACAUUUCACUGUAAGGUUGAUUAGACGUCAGCUCUGAGAAUUAGUUUGGGCUAAAUUCUAUUUUGUCAGAUUGAAAAAGAUUUAUAUAUAUAUUCCUAUAUAUAUUCUUGUUUUAACAAAAUGCUAUGCAGUAAUUUAAUUUAGAUUUCACAGGAGUGUAUAUAAUGCUAUGCGAGUCAGGGAACCUUUUAGUGUUCAGCAAAUAAAGGACAUGUUGGACGUACACAGUUUCUAGGAAGUGAAGUUGUUGCCCUUCAUCAACUGUAGAGCAGGAUGAGGAAAGGUCAGAGAUGUGUUUUGUUUUGUAGCUAACCUUAGUAACUAUCACAAAGCCUAAAUUUGCUUCUCUUGGGUUCAUCACACUGCUCAGUAGAGAUGCUUUAAAAGGAAAUCAGAGGGAGAUCUGACAUCAUACAGUAUUAAGUGGAAAAACGAAUCUGUCCAGCACCAAUACAGUAAAACGUAUAAAAAAAAAGAGUGGCGAUAUACAAAUACUGGAGCACAGUUCUGUCUGAGUUUUUAAUGUUCACGCCGUUAGGAAGGCAGAUCUGAGCACCUCCGACAAAAUAGAAAAUAUCAGUGCCUCACUUGGUUUGUUUCUAUCUUCGAGCCGCUAUGCUUGCAACUGCUAUGCUUGUGGCCUCAAAUGUCCUAUGAUAAUAACAACUGUGGCUGAUGACUUGCAUUUUAGCUUUGUAAAUGUUGUCUAUGGGGGAAGGUGACCAUUCCUUCUUUUGCACAUGCCAGAUCAUUCAUCCAGGUGGCCACUGUCUAGUUACAGUGUUUGGGGGAAACAAAAAACAAAGAAACACUAACUGGAACCAAUUUGAGAGCCCCCAGUGGUGUUGUACUUCUGCCCACUUUCAUAUUUGUUCAUGAAUUUCCUAGCAUGUUUUUAAUGGUUUGGAAAAUCUUUUUUUUUUUUUUUAAAAAGGGGGGUUUACCUUAGCUAAUAAUGCUGAGGGUGCUAAAGUGGGAUUUCCUUUUUUUGGUGGCCUCAUAUAUGUAUGUGGUACAACACACCUGGUGGCCCACAUUUGUUAUAAUUCUGGAACAGGGAAAUAAGGAUCAGUAUGUUAAGUGGAUACUGUGUAUCCUGAAGUAGUCAAUAAUAUAACAUCUAGUGUUAGUUUAUUAGUAUGUUGUUUUUGUACCUUUCUGAAGGGCAAAUGAAAAAAAAGACACUUCAUUGUUAAAAUUCUGUAUUAUUAGCAAAGCUCUGUUGUAAAUAGUGUUUGAUAUUAAAGUAUUAAUUUGAUUCUUAUGUCUUUUAUAAAACAAGGUAGAAUUUAUGCCUGAUAUGGGAUAUACAAACCUGUUAAGUGAUCUUUGAUGCUAAAAAGCUUUCGACGCCUUGAUCCCACACUAAUCUGUAAACUGACGUGCAUAAUGUACACAUGGACAAAUCUGUGAAGUGCUUCUCUCAACUGCCUUUUUUUGAGGAAACAUGAAGAACAGAAGAAAAUGGAUUUUCGAUGAUCAAUGUUUUGUCUUAAAUGUUACUGGGUCUGACGUUGGAGCCUUGUGUAUCUCAGCAUGUUGGUCAGUAAAAGCUUACAGAUUUCUAUGAUCUCAUCACAUGGACAACUUCUCAUGAUGGACUCUUGCCAGUAUCAUGUGUGGCAUGUCGCAUGGACUUGAAUGGGAAAAAAAAAGUUUGUUGGUAUAGUUUUUGUAAACUUUGUUAAAUGUGGAUUUUAUGUGUACCCAUUUAACUGAAUUAAAAGGAAGGUUUCAUUGUGCCAUUUAAGAAAAAAAGGUCCAUAACCUGUUGGUGCAACAACCUUAGGAAUUUUUUGUUUUGUUUUGUUUUUUUGUUUUAAGUUCCCUCAAACCCCAGUGAAUGUUGUCUUCUAGCCACUUUUCGUUACUUCACCGCUGCAUUCAUUCAUGGUUACAUUUAUGAAUUUAUGUUGUGCACUGGAUGGAUACAGACAACUUGGUUUUCCAUGCUUUUGCCCACGCUUCAAGAAUUAAAAGCCAGUCUCCCAAACACAGGUAUUCUGCCUUUGUCUGUACAGUACAUUAGAUGCUGGCAUGUUGGAGGUUACCCCUACAUCUGUGAAAUUGGCUUUCCAUGCCCAUAACCGAGACAUCCAUAUUGAAACCACCCAUUGUAUGUGCAUCUGGAUAUGAAAGUCUGGCUCAGUGUGGUCCUGUAUUCGUACUGCCCUGCUUUUGCAGUUUCGUUGCACUCUUGCGAGUGCUGUUUUGACCUGCUUUACAGUAUAUGAGGAAAAAAAUCUUAAAGGUCUGUAUUUGUAUAUACACGUGUCUGAGCAACUAUAAAUAAAAGAAAAAUGAAGAUGGCCAUCAA